AUGGGAAAGGGACACACAAGUGCCAAUGGGGGUUCAAGAACUGAAGGAUAUCAAUAUGAUAUUAACGAAAAGAGUAUCUUAGGAGAUGAGUGGUGCAGUAUGUAUUCGACAACAGCACCUAUAAAGUUUGAAAAAAGUCAUUUUGAAACGGCAAUGAUGCAUCUUAUAAGAGAGCCUAAUAUAAACUCCACGGCUAUUCUUAGAGCCGAUAUUCUACGGGAGGCGGUGUUUGAAAUCGAGCCAAAUGGCAAGCCAAAGGUUAAAGAAGAGAAAACACAAGAUCUGGAAGUAACAGAUCCAGAAGCCAAAAAAAUUGGAAUUGAUGAUCUAGAUGUGCGGGUAGCUCCAACUAAUCCUUUAUUAAAUCUGCAUGUUGUCAUUCAAAUAGUCAGAAGGAUAAUCCCAAGGAACUUAUAUAAAGAUGCGAUUAUGAAUCAAACGUGUCUUAUUAUGAACAGCUCUUCUAGUAAACCAUCUACUUCCCUUGUAGUUUACACCCCUCAUAUAAAAGCAGAAGAUGAAUGUCCGUUUUACAUCCCACAUGUGAAAGCAGUAGGGAUUCUAUUUCACAAUAAUGUUCUCUCCGUUCACUAUAUACCGUUUGACAAUGUGGAGCUCCUUCGCGAUGAAUCUCAAAGAGCUGUUAGGACAGCAUGGAGAUUGUUGCAAACUGCAUAUAAGCAUUCUAUGGGGAUAAUGGAAGGGUACGAAAAGAGAGUGAAUCAUGAUCAAGUUGUUGAUAAAGUUGACUUUCAAGAUUGCUAUAUUGCAUUCAAAAAAAGAUAUUCAAAAUUUUUGGUUGAUAACUGGGCAGAAUCAACAGAUCCAAAAAAGCACGUUUUUGAGGAUAUCGCUAUUGCGGCUUUCCUCUUCGAGCUUUGGAAGAAGAUAUACGGUAAAGACUUUAAGGAAAAAAUACAAUUCAAAGAUUUAGGGUGCGGGAAUGGCGCUCUCUGUUAUAUUUUGAUAAGCGAAGGUAUAAGAGGUAAAGGUAUAGAUGCCAGGCGUCGCAAAUCUUGGUCCAUAUAUCCACCCGAUGUUCAAGCAGCUCUUAAAGAACAGGUUAUAGUUCCGUCACUUCUGCUGCGUCCACAUCCCGAAGUAAGGAAACGAAUACCGCAUCUGGAACACAAUGGUGGUCUUUUCCCAGUAAAAGUAGCACAUGAAUUGAUUGCCCCAGCUACCAUUGUUUAUUCAAGUGAAGAUUUGCUGCAGUCACCACAAGUCAAUGUGACGGAAUUCAGUCCAGAUACUUUCAUUAUUGGUAAUCAUUCUGAUGAGUUGACAUGUUGGAUUCCUUUGCUUGGCUACCCAUUCAUCGUUAUCCCUUGCUGUUCACACAAUUUCUCUGGUGAAAGAGUGCGGUUCAAUGUCAGGAAAUCUACAUUGCAGUCAUCUUCAAAGUCGUUAGGCAAUAGCACAUACGCUGGUUUAGUCGACCAUGUGGAAUAUAUUGCUAACCGAGUUGGGUGGAAGGUUGAAAAGGAAAUGUUAAGGAUUCCAAGCACAAGAAAUGCUGCCAUAAUAGGAUAUGAAAAUCCCUUUCUGGAUCAAUUUCCUACCCAAGAAGUUUAUGAUGUUAUUAUUGAAGAUGGCGGACCCGAUAAUUGGAUUCAGAACACAAUGGCAUUAAUGAAAAGGAACCCUAGGAGUCAUUAA